AUGAAAAAUUUGCCCCCCUAAAAUUCAACCCCCAGAUUUAAACAUAAGCAUGUGAAAUAACAUGAGAUAACUAAUGAAUAAGUGUAAGAGGUGAAUGAAAAUGGCCAGAGAUUAAUUUUAUUAAGUUAUUUAAAAUUAGUAAAGAAUCAAGAACUUCUUCGAGCUUAACUCUCUUUCUUAAUCCAGAUGAUAAACAAGAGAAGGAUGAUGAUGAGUGUUAAAAUAAAAGAUCCUUGAAGAUUUGUCAUUACUUUCAGAAGAAGGAGAAGUUUUCAUUAAGUCAAAAUCUAAUCGUUCUUAGAGGAGUCUUCUAAGAAAGAUGAAAGUAUAUCAGAAGCCAAUUAUAAAUAUGAUAUAGAAAACAGUCUUGAAUUUUUUCAGCACAUCCAAUAGAAAAGGGAACUACAAAAUAAUUUCUUGUAAGUUAAGAAAUUGGAGAUGA